AAUGAGUAAAGGGAUUGGUGCACAUCUUGACAAAGCAGUGAAAUAGAAAAUCUAUCAAUAGAGAGCAAAUAAAUACAAUGCCGAAUUUGAUAAAUUGGAGGUAGUGUUUAAUGACUUCUAUAAUUUCCUUUAAAACAGGAAUAAGGACAUGACCCUGAUAAGAUCCCUGCAAUUUUGGCUGAGGAGGAGUACCAGAAAAGACAUUCCAAUGACCCUCAGGAACCUCUGCCAUUUGAACGUAGUGAUAAAGUAUUGCCAAUAACUGGAUCGACCCAUCUGGGAUUUGAUAAGGCUCAUACAAAUCUAUCGGCAACUAAACAGAUGAUGUAGAUUCAAGAACAGAAAAUGCAAAAAAUAAAAUCUAUAAAAUAGACUGGUGGCAAAUUGCCUGUAGAUGGUAAAGCAGUUAUACCUAUUAGUUAAGAGGUGCAUAAGGCAUAAAAGGAACAUGAAAGAAACAUGAAAGCCCGUAUCUAAUAUGAUCACAUUAAUGAUUUGCAUCAAAUGUAAUAAUCUGAUCCAAAUGCCAAGAAGUCCUCCUAUUAAUAGCACCAUGGUAAUAAUCAAUUGUAAUUAUAUAGUGUUUACGAAGUACAUGCAAGAUGAAUGUGAUCACUAGAACUUUGAUCAUCAUUAGAUGAAGAACGACUUAAAACAAUACCAUGAGGCCUUUGUUAUAUGUCAAAAAACACUAAGAAAAUGA